CCCGUCCACAUGCCAGGUUGCCAGACAAGAGAAACACCGAGUGGAUGUCUCGCAAAUUUAAAUCCAGGGGAACUUUAUAUCAGGUAAAGAAACACAAUGGAGCUGAAACCUUUAUUGAAGAAGCUGGGCACAACACUCCGUACCAUCCUCAUUUUCCUCUUUGCUCUGUUGGUCCUGGCUGUGAUGGUUUGGGCCUAUGUUGAGGGUUUCCAACUAGUGACCUCCAUGUAUGGAAUCAUCUCUUUUGGCUUUUACGGACUACUCCUGUCUCUCCACGUAUUGGUCCAGAGCUUCUUUGCCUUCAUAGAACACCGGAGAAUGAAAGCCCGCACAGACCCGUGCACCUUUACCAAAACCAUCGGCUUCACUAUAUCAGCUUACCAGGAGGACCCUGCCUAUCUCAGAGAGUGCCUUAACUCCAUCAGGGCUCUCAAGUAUCCUCCUGAGCUGCUGCGCAUCAUCAUGGUGGUAGAUGGGAACUCAGACAAUGACCGAUACAUGAUGGAGAUGUUCAGAGAGGUGUUUAUAGACCAGGAUCCUGGCUGUUAUGUGUGGAGGAACAACUACCAUACAUGGGACCCCACCCAGGCCCAGCAGGAUGUGGAAAUGGCCACAGUAAUGGGCCCAGGCGGGGAUGCUGAUUAUGUUGUUGGAGAGGAUCCACAGCGAAAAGAGGUAGAGCGCUUGAUCCAGAGCAAGAGGUGUGUGUGUAUCAUGCAGAAAUGGGGCGGCAAGCGGGAGGUGAUGUACACAGCGUUUAAGGCACUUGGAUCAUCAGUUGACUAUAUACAGGUGUGUGACUCAGACACUAAGCUGGACCCUCUGGCCACAGUGGAGCUGUGUAAGGUGCUUGAGAGCAACCCCAAGUAUGGUGCUGUGGGAGGAGAUGUGAUGAUCCUCAACCUGAAAGACUCAUACAUCAGCUUCAUGAGCAGUCUGAGGUACUGGAUGGCUUUCAAUAUCGAAAGGUCCUGCCAGUCCUUCUUCAACUGUGUGUCCUGCAUCAGUGGGCCUCUGGGUCUGUACAGGAACGAUCUCCUCCAGCAGUUUCUGGAGUCUUGGUACAAUCAGAAGUUUCUGGGAACUCACUGCACAUUUGGUGACGACAGACAUCUCACCAACCGAAUGCUGAGCAUGGGCUACGCCACAAAAUACACAGCCCGCUCCAAAUGCUACACAGAGACACCUGCUCAGUUUCUGCGCUGGCUCAGCCAGCAGACUCGCUGGACAAAAUCUUACUUCCGUGAGUGGCUUUACAAUGCAAUGUGGUGGCACAAGCACCACCUCUGGAUGACCUAUGAGUCCAUUGUCUCAGGCAUAUUCCCCUUCUUUGUCACCGCCACCAUCAUCCAGCUGUUUUGGACCGGCACGCUGUGGGACAUUCUCUGGGUCCUGUGCUGCAUCCAGCUGAUUGGGCUAGUGAAAGCGUCUUACGCCUGCAUCCUGCGCAGAGACAUUGUGAUGGUGUUUAUGUCCCUCUACUCAGCUCUGUACAUGACCAGCCUGCUGCCUGCUAAGUAUUUUGCCAUUAUCACCAUGAACAAAAGCAGCUGGGGGACAUCAGGCAGGCGAAAGAUUGUAGGGAACUACAUGCCCCUUCUCCCUCUGUCAGUGUGGGCUGCCAUUUUAUUAAGUGGGCUCGGAUACACGAUCUACAGGGAGAGUCAACUGGACUGGUCAAAUCCAGCCAACAAUGGAAACUAAGUUUCUUAUCUUUGGCUGCGUGGCCUACAUAUGCUACUGGCUGCUUAUGGUGUUCCUCUACUGGGUGUGGUUCCGCAAGUUAUGUAG